UGCCCGUCCACUCCGGCUCCAGGCGGCCAGCGCUCGGGCCCAGGCCGCUAGGUUCCAGCCGAGCAGCAGCGGUAGCGGCGGCAGCUCGCGGGGAGACCCCGCGCUCCUCGCAACCCCUCCCCAGUGCGGUGCAUGGAGACGAGGCCCGCCGCUCGCCCCUGAGCCCGCCGCCCGGCCCGGGACCCGCGGUGGCUGGGGUGGCCUCGGGCUCCGGCCGGCCUCGCCGCCCGAGGGCUGCGCGCGGAUCGCCGCGGCCCGGCCGUCCCGUCCCAGGAAGUGGCCGUCCUGACCGCCAUGGCUCACUCCCCGGUGCAGUCGGGCCUGCCCGGCAUGCAGAAGAAGUUCGAGUAGAAUUACGGCAGUCGGAUGCAGAGCUGUUCGCGGCCAGCACGUGGAAUCUCCCUGAGUUGCCCCUCACUCGUCGCCCCCGCCCCGCCCUACAACCACGCGUCUGUUCUCCACGCCUCUAAUUCUCCACGCCGCUUGGAGAAUUCGCUGCGCGUGGAGUCAUUACGAACCUGAAAGCAGAUCCAGAAGAGCUUUUUACCAAACUGGAGAAAAUCGGGAAGGGCUCUUUUGGUGAGGUGUUCAAGGGCAUUGACAAUCGGACUCAGAAAGUGGUCGCCAUAAAAAUCAUUGAUCUGGAAGAGGCUGAAGAUGAGAUAGAGGACAUUCAGCAGGAAAUCACAGUGCUGAGUCAGUGCGACAGUCCCUACGUAACCAAAUAUUAUGGAUCCUAUCUGAAGGGACCUUUGGGCCAGCUUGCGGUAAGAACUUGCCUUUAGAAGAUCCCUCGGCUCCCAUCCAUGUCUCCCUCUCCUCAAAGGGAUGGCAGCCCGAUGGACAGUGGGCACGUGCCCCCAGCGUGGACAGACUUCCACGGAGGACACUAAAUUAUGGAUAAUAAUGGAAUAUCUUGGUGGAGGCUCCGCACUGGACCUAUUAGAACCUGGCCCUUUAGAUGAAACCCAGAUUGCUACUAUAUUAAGAGAAAUACUGAAAGGACUUGAUUAUUUGCAUUCGGAGAAGAAAAUUCAUAGAGAUAUUAAAGCUGCCAACGUCCUGCUCUCUGAACACGGGGAGGUGAAGCUGGCGGACUUCGGAGUGGCGGGCCAGCUGACGGACACCCAGAUAAAGAGAAACACCUUCGUGGGCACCCCUUUCUGGAUGGCGCCUGAAGUCAUCAAGCAGUCGGCCUACGACUCCAAGGCAGACGUCUGGUCCCUGGGCAUAACGGCGAUCGAGCUUGCCAAAGGGGAGCCUCCGCAUUCCGAGCUGCAUCCCAUGAAGGUUUUAUUCCUCAUUCCAAAGAACAACCCCCCGACGCUGGAAGGAAACUACAGCAAACCCCUCAAGGAGUUUGUGGAGGCCUGUUUGAAUAAGGAACCGAGCUUUAGACCCACCGCCAAGGAGUUACUGAAGCACAAGUUCAUAAUCCGCAAUGCAAAGAAAACAUCCUACUUGACUGAGCUCAUCGACAGGUACAAGAGGUGGAAGGCCGAACAGAGCCACGAAGACUCCAGCUCCGAAGACUCAGACACGGAAACGGACACAGAUGGCCAGGCAUCCGGAGGCAGCGACUCAGGGGACUGGAUCUUCACGAUCCGGGAGAAAGAUCCAAAGAGUCUUGAGAAUGGAGCCCUUCAGCCGUCGGAUUUAGAAAGAAAUAAGAUGAAAGACAUCCCAAAGAGGCCUUUCUCUCAGUGUUUAUCAACAAUUAUUUCUCCACUGUUUGCAGAGUUGAAGGAGAAGAGCCAGGCGUGUGGAGGCAACCUGGGGUCCAUCGAGGAGCUGCGCGGGGCCAUCUACCUGGCGGAGGAGGCCUGCCCCGGCAUCUCGGACACCAUGGUGGCCCAGCUCGUGCAGCGGCUGCAGAGAUACUCUCUAAGUGGCGGGGGAACGUCAUCCCACUGAAAGCCCUUUGGCAUUUGGGUUUUGUUUUAUUCCUUUUUUUCUUCUUCAUCCUCCUCCUUUUUAAAAGUCAACGAGAGCCUUUGCUGACUUCGCUGAAGAGGUGCACCAUCGCGGGGGGCCAUGCCCCCCACGGCGAGGUCGCCUGUCCAGGGCCUGAUGAAGUCUCCAGAUGGGGUGGGGAGGGUCAGCUCCUGCGAGCGAGUAUUUUAUUUUAUUUUAUUUUAUUAUUCUUGUUUUUAAUUCUAACCAUAGUGCACAUAUCAAGGAAAGUGUCUUUAGAAACAAAAAUAAACCCUGAAAUGUAUAUUUGGGAUUAUGAUAAGGUGACUGAAGAAAUGAAACCUCAGGUAUCCUGCUUUACGUUGAUAACUCCCCCUCCCUGGGAGACGGAGAAUCGCUCUGGUGGAUCAGUGUACAGAUUUGUAUAUAGUGUCAUUUUUAAGGAAACCCUUUGGCGUGCGUAGGGAUCACUGCGUACACACUGGCCAAGUGCUUCUGUAGAUACUGUCAGUGGGGUAAAUAUUUGACAGGCCGGAACUUGAGUCUAUUGCCUUGCCUUUAUUACAUGUAAAUUUUGAAUUAUGUGACCAGUGAUUUGGGUUUUACUUUGUAUUUGCAGGGUUUGCCAUUAAUAAUAAUUAAUGCCCCUCUUAUGGAACACUCCUAUAUUUGUACCUCAACAAAUGCAAAUUUUCCUCUUGUUUGCCCUACAACCCUUUUGGUACACUUAGAAGUUGAUUUCCUUUUUCAUCGAUGGUACUAUUUCUUAGUGUUUUAAAUUGGAACAUACCUUGCCUCAUGAAGCUUUAAAUUAUUAUUUUAAAUUUCUCCCCGAUGAAGUGUUCUCGUCUCACUUUCAUGCGUGCCCUGCCAGUCCUGCGCCAGCUGUACCGUCCUUCCAGUAGGGUUUUCUGUUGCACCUUGUAGUGAAAUCUGCGUAUCAUCUUUCCCACCUAAACAUGUCUGAAUGCUUACACAAAUAAAUUUUAUAACACAGA